UACUUGCCAGGGAUCGAUACCAGGAACAGGAAACUGAUGACCGGGGGUUGGCGGGGGGAGGGGGCUGUACCGCAGGGGGCUGGCUUGGGAGAGGGAAAGAAGAGGAUGUGGGAGAGGCUCAAGGGAGGCUGUUGUAUAGUAUUGAGUACUUAAAUAGGUUGAGAAAUACACACACUUGGAUGUAUUAAUGUAUACAGCACGCCGGGGAAAUGAGUCGAUAGGUGCUCGCUCGGUGCAGGGAGGGAAAGGAGAGGAGGGAGGAAGGGAGAAAGUUGCCGCAUUGCACCAGCGGGAAACGGGGAAGCCCUCUAAAGCAGGUUCCUCCUUCUACUCGUCCUCCUACUCCUCCUACUCCUCCUACUCCCCCUCCGAAGUCAAGCGUCCCCGGUCCCCCAGUCACUCGGCUCUGUUGCUGCACCAGUAACCUCGCCUUAUGCUCCCCUGUUGCGCCAGGUAUAUUGUAAAUCUGUGAUAGUUUCCUCGAAGAAGCACGAGAGUGGGCGAUGGGGACAAAAAUAGCAAGCACGGUCCACCCUCGCGUCCCCGCCCUUCGCCGCCUCGCUAAGGACAGGCCGGCGGGCGGGGGCGUGGGUGAUGAUUGGGUUGCCGACGCUCGCCGCCCGUUGCAUUUAUUAGUGUUUCGUUAUCGCGGCGGUGGUGACGCGGGUGACGGGGGCUUGGCGGGCUGAUAAACGCGGUUGACUGAUUUCCGGGGCAUCUGAGGACAUGUUUCAAGAGCCGCAGCCACUUCCACCUCCAGUGUGCCUUGGCAUUUGUAGGACCGAGGCGCCCCGUCCAUCGGCUGACUAGGCCGGGUGAAGGCACCAUGUGACCGCCAGCCAGCCAUGUCCGCUGUCCACCUCUUCCUUCCUUCUUCCACACGCACGCUGAGAAGAAAAAGUGAGAAGAGGAUGCACUCCCGCAACACUUGAAGAAUUUUCAAGUGUUCUUCAUUUCCGUCCACUUAGUUCUUUCCUGCCUUGAGGUGCUUCCUUCCCUCUCCCUCAUCGCCUGCCCCUCACCUCCUCCCAGCGAGAAUCAAGUGUUGCGUCCACCGCCACGAUGGGCAACCAAAACAGCAGCAAGGCACACCUCCCCCACCCACCCGUCAACUGGACUCAGAGCUUCCCUCGAGAGAACCGGAGACUCAAGAAAUAUGGAGCCACAACUGACACCAAGGUUUUGCCACAAAGGAUCCCUGGACAGCGUCUUCGUCCCACAGAAAAUGGCCACAUCCUGCAGACGAAGGGCACUAUCACUGGCCGGCGAAUUAAUGAAUUCCAUGCCCCACACCACCCGGCCUUCCCUCCACCAAUGCCACUCCACCACCAGCACCACCAGUCCAUGCAACAACACCCUCACUCAGCCUCCAUGACGGCCCUCCACUUCCCGAGCCACCAGGAUGAGCGCAACGCGUCUAUGCACGAUCUGAGGUUUGGUCGUCCACCCUCAAAGAACUACGCCAGUGAGCCAGAUCUGAGAGGAUCAUGUCCCCCUUCAGCCGCUCCUGCUCCCAUGCCUCACACCAUUAUAAGUCAGUCGCCUACAAAGGGAAGGAUAAAGUCCAAGAAGAAGUACAAGGCUCCACCAGCCCCUCCUGGAGAAAUGAGUGAUUCCCACUCCCUCCCUCGCACUGCCAUGAGGUCACAUUCAUUGAGUGACAUGGCCAACCAUGGACACAAUUCCCAUGGACAGAACCAUUGCGCUGUUCACUUUGCUGAUCACGACACAGAAAUGACCAGCAGCCCAGAAGUUCAUAAGCAGAAAACACGUAAAAUUGGGCUGUUCCGGAAAAAGAAUGAAUCCCGUCGGCCCAGUUCAGGUGAUGACCAGAGGAGCUCAGGGGAGGAACAGGAGAGAGGCCGAGCAGAAAUCAGACGUGGAGGACCUGUGUCCCCUGUUGCCCGCCACUCACCACGCGAUGAACUGCGUGAGAGAGCCAGAAGUCUGGACUGCCUGCAACAUGAACUCCGCCACUCCCCUGUGUCACCAGUCCCCACUGCGGCCGCAAGCAUGACACAUCUCCACAACUCCCAAGAGACCCGGCUCUGGUCCACCCUCGAAAGGGACUCAAGACGCUCUGCCCGCCAAGAAGUGGAGUCAAGGCGGAGCAGCACACUGGAGCGUGAGUCCAAAAGGUCUGCCAAUGACAAGAGGAUCGCUGCCCUGGAAAAGGAAGUACAAAAGAGCCACAGGAGGAUGAGCACACUGGAGAGGAAGGUGGAGGAACGGAAGCAGUGGGUGUCUGAGGGACAAGAAAACUCCACACCCUCCUCCAGCAGCCGUGUGAUGCGCCUGGAAUCUUACCGUGACAACUCCUCACAGCCGCGCUCCUCUUCCAGUGGCUCCCACCCCGAGCUGGUCCAUGAGGAAAAGAAGAAGAAGGAAGAGGACAGAAUCAAGGCAGAAAGUGAGAAGAUGAAGGUGAUAAAGAAGAGUCCCCCCAGAAAUGUUCAUGAUGAGUGGGACAGUGCUGAAGUGCAGGUCAAUGGUAAUCGAAAACUGUCUGCGAGUCUGCAGGCUGAGCUCAUUCACACAGUCAAUAAUUUAAGAAAAUCCUCCACAGAACAGGAGCACAACUCAUCAACACUCACACGUAAAGGCAAACAAAGUGAAAAGAAGCCAAGCAAGCCUGUCUCCAACCACAGUGAAGACAAUGGCCAGGCAGAAUCGCAGCCGAAAACUUUCUUCUUUGGGAUGGAGCCAGAGGUGUCUCGGGACCCUCAGAUCGAGACUAAUACAGGUCUUCAUAAGAUCAAGACCCAAGUGGAAGCUUCCAAGGCCAAAAACCGGGAGGAGGUUCACAUCAAUGGCCAGACAGUUGAGUUCUCACGUCGCACUCUUGAGCGAACAGAGAGGAGUCAGAGUCGCAAUCGAAGCACUCGUAAAGAGACUCAAAAGACACCUGAAACCCCAAGUGACUCUGGAAAGCAUGCGAGUCAGAGAAAGCUUUCCAAGGACGUGGAGGACUUUGCGAUUGCCAUUGAGCGUCAAAAACUGAGUCGUAUUGAUGGUGACAGCGGCGCAAGUGGCUCAUCCAGGCGUGAGGAUGGAGGCUACCACUCAAGGCAGAACUCUGGGAGCCUCUACCUGGAGAAUGAGGGUGACAGCAGGGAAGAGGGAGAGCUAUGCAUGAACUUGAGGCCGAUACUACCACGCCGGCAGCUUGAAAUACCAAGGUUCAGCCCAAAUGCUGCCUGGCGGUCCCUCAGUCUGGAACGCUCUGGAAGACACACGGAAACACAUGAGGAGACACAGAGCAGCGAGGGACAAGAUUCUGUGUUUGAAUCAAGAAUACAGCGAUUCACACGUCCAACAGCUCCCCCGAGAGGCUCUGGGGAAAAAUCUGCUGACUCUGGGAUUUCAGGUGAUGCUGGCAGUCCAGGACCCACACACGAGUUUGAGCCUCUGAUCCCAACUGAGAAGACCAAAUCCUCAUCAGGGCCAUUGGCUGUCUCUUCACCUGUAGUGUCAGGGAGGGCUGAGGGACGACGCACAUGGACCCCUGCACAAGAUCUUGAUGAGAACAGCCUCGACAGCAAUGGAGAGCCAGUUGACAUCCCCGCCGGCCUCUCAACACCUCCUAAACUCACCUCACGAUCCAACAUGUUCUCUAAAUCAAAGGAGGUUGCCACUGACCCAGAAAUUGAACCCGAGUCACCAGUAGAAACUGAAACCAUAUCAGAACUAAUAUCUCCAGAUGACAAAGAUCACUGGUCAAAACGCAAGAAGCUCAAUAGCACCGCCAUCCUGCCGCAGAAGUUCAACAGUCUCCGCAAACUGAAGCGAUCAGUGUCUGGCACAGUCACAGGAGGCGGUCACAAAAACACCUCCGAAGACUACAAUCGCAGCAAAACCCCAGACCAGCCACGAGGCGUCCAGCAAGACGAGUCCCACUGGCGGGACAACUGGUCUAUGUCCCGCUCCAUCCCCAACUCGCUCAACACGUGUGAGGAACAGGAAACUGUCAGUAACCUCUCCAGCACACGUAACAUCCGUAGCAGGUCAGAGUCACGCCUUGGCCUCAGCGGGGAAAUGAAUGCUGAGGACAUGCGGUCUCGAACACCCUCCUACCUAAUGUACGGGAAUGGUGGCCACAUCAUGUACCUGCCUGAGUACAAUUCUCGCAGGAUGAGUCACGGUGAUGCCGGCAGUGAGGACGAAGUGGACCGCCGUCACCACAGAUCCUCACAGCACCAGGAGAGUCGACAUGCUUCUCGAUACCCGGGUCAGCCUUCCUCACCUGAGAAUGAACGCAAGCCUCCAUCAGGUGAUGAAGACCCAGCUCUUCCUGAAGCCUAUGGCCCAGCUUUUAUGGCAGCAAAUGGAAUUGCUCCUCCUCCAAGGAGGCUGAAAGGGAAAAAGUUUUCUUACCAGAGCACUGUGAGGAUCAUUGAAAUGAGGAAACUGGAGGAAAAAUUGGCAAGGGAAGUAGCUGAAAAGGAGAAGCAAAGGUUGAAGGAAAUGGAGGCCAUGAAAAAGGUGGAAGAAGAAUUCCAGAGGAAGAGAGAACGUGAGAAGAAGAAGGUUAAGCAGCAGCUGAAACUGUUCCAUAUCCAGCAGCAGCAGCAGCAGAAGCUGAACCAGUCACAGCAGCACACAGCAAGAGACACUCACAAUCACUCCUACUCUAGUGAUGACCACGCCCCCUCGUCCUACUCCUCAGAGCAGCACGAGGUGUCCAGUCAGUCCUCCUCCCAGCCUCCUCCUCUGCCGCACUCACCCCCCCCUCAGGUCUACCCUUCCUUCACCUCCCUUCCUUCAGAGCUCCCCACAGAGACCUGCUCUGGCCUCAUCUCAGGCAUCAAGAGCUGGGUCAAGGGGAGGAAAGAGAGUCGUUCUUCCACCUCAUCCAGUGGCCCCACGUCAGCUCCAAGACAAGAGCCUGACGGGGCCCCGGCCUCCUCUCCUCGGAAAGCCAGUGACGACUAUCGUACCUCCGGGGCAUCAUCCCCCAAGAACAGUCCCACACAGAGUGAUCAGGCCAAGCAAGACAUCAGGGCUGAAAUAAUUGCUGCAUCAAAAAAGCGAAGUGGCGAUGCCAUCAAUAAGCGUGACAAGCAGGCCGGUGGGAAGGUCAGUGCUCAACAGAAGUCUGGCCCCAGUCACAGUGGUGAGGCUGUCAAGCAAGAGUCACAGCACCCACAGCCCAGCACUCAUGAUGACCUCCCCCAGCACCACCACAAGCACCACAAACACAGCAGCAAGCACCACCUGAAGGAGGAUGCCCGGCACUCCCAGUCCCCAGACAGGCGGCGGCUUGGCUCCGGCCUGAUGCAGGAGCUUUCUGAGCUGCAUCAGGAGCGCCGGGAGUACAGGGAGUACCGCACCCCCUCCAGGCACUCCAGACACUCCCAGUCCCCACCUGUUGGCACACAAGGAAGUCCACUUGCUCCCAAAAAGUCAUUGAAGGGCAAGUCGUUGACUAACUACAGGCGAGACUUCUGCCACGGCAACGCACAGGUGAUUGGCCUCAACGUUGUGGCCGUCAAGGGAAAGCGCAGCGACGAGAGUGACAGAUUCUCCAAACACUCAAGUGAGGACCGGCGGUCAGUGAGCAGCAGCGGCGUCCAUCGCAGUGCUUCUGUUGACUUCCUGGAGACAGGCUCCUGUUCCUCCAGCAGUGGCACCCCCUCACAGCAGCAGUCUUCCGGCCACCCCAUCGACGCUUCCCUCAGCCACAACUAUGGACGGGGCGGCGGGUACCCUCCAGUCGACAGCAGCCCAGCACGGUUUGCCCACAGCAUCCUGACUCCCUUCAACCCCGUCAAGGGCUACCGGCCCGUCUCCUUCAGUCCACCUCCCCCCACCAAGAUUCUUCCAGUCAAUUGAAGCAAUGCCAUCUGAAGGCAUUCAAGUAACAUGCUGUCCUUUAUUUCUUCUGUUAAAGAGAAAACUAAAGCCACAUUGUUCCAUGAAUAAAGUGAAGAAUCUAUGCCAUGUACUGUGUAUAAGGUUGUCAAUAAGGAGAAGUGUUCAAAUUAGCAUACUCUGUGCCAAACAUAAGUAAAGGAUUUGCAGUGUAAGGAAACCUGUAUAUGUGUGUGUCACUAACAAUAAUUAACUAUGAAGUAAUGUUUAAGUGAAGAUUGCCUUUUUCAGUGCUAGGUCUUCAUCAGGCGUUCCUUGCACUCAUCAUGUGUAAAGCUAUUAUUAUCGAAGGUCUUCAGCUUUAAUGCUUCCGUCCUGCAAGGGAUAGGCAAUUUAGGAGUAAGGUAAAUUUAAUUAUACAUAUUGUACAGAAAUUUGUAUCAGAAAAGUAUUUCUAUUCAUCCAGGGAUUCUCUAUAGGCAAACAUUUUUAUAUUGUACAUAUAUUUAAGUAGACAAAGGUUUAAUGUAGAGGAAAUAUUAACUCUAUGUGUACAUGUAAAGGUUUUAGAUAAGAUGAAAAGUGUGGUGGUGCAAGGAUGCCCGGGCCGGCGCGGAUUGUUACUCUCCUUGUCGUCGUAAAGAAAAUAACUGUCAAAGGCAAUAUAAAGUUACAUGCAAAGAUUACUAAAAUAUAAAAAUAAGAAUCUAA